AUGGGCGGUCCGGGCCAGCAGGUGGUGGGCGCGUCGCUGCUCCGGACGAGCUCCAGCCUCCUCGGCGGCGGCGGCGGCGGCGGUGGCGGCGUUGGCGCCGGUGGCCAGCCCGGGAUGGGGAUGGGGAUGGGCGGCGGCGGGGUGCUCCCGUCGCAGUCGCCCUUCUCGUCCCUCGUCUCGCCGCGCACGCAGUAUGGCGGCGGCGGCGGUGGCGUCGGGAACGGCUUGCUGGCGGGCGCGUCCAGUGUCGCGUCCAUGCUCAGCAGGCAGCAGUCGUAUGGGAAUGGGGGGACGGGGGCAAUGCCGGGCAGCGGUGCCGGUCUCCCCAUCGGUGGGAUGCAGCACAGAGGCGGCCUUGAUGGCGUUGGUGAUUUGGUUGGCACUGGAGGGCCCGAUUCCAUGGUGUUCUCGUCCUCUGGCCCUGGUAGUUUGGGCAACCAGCUUGGUGCCGACGGCUUACAGCAGCAGCAGCAGCAGCUGGAUGCACCGCAAGAUUCACAAAAUCAACAACAGCAGCAACAGCAAAUGUUAAUGGCAUAUAAUCAGCAGCAUAUGAUGCCACAAACUCAGCAGCAGCAGCAGCCGCAGCUGCAGCCUGCGGUGAAGUUGGAGAACGGAGGCGUCCUUGGUGGGGUCAAACUGGAGCAGCAGAUGGGGCAGCCUGAUCAGAGUGUUUCCACACAGAUGCUGCGCAGUUCGAGUGGUGGUGUGAAGCUCGAGCCGCAGUUGCAAGCGUUGAGAAGCUUGGGUGCUGUCAAGAUGGAGCACCAAAGCUCAGACCCAUCUGUGUUCCUACAGCAGCAACAGCAGCAGCAGCAGCAUAUGUUGCAGCUGUCUAAGCAGAGCCCUCAGGCUGCAGCUACUCAGUUGAGCCUCCUGCAACAGCAGCAGCGGUUCUUGCAGCUGCAGCAGCAACAGCAACAACAGCAGCAGAUUCUCAAGAACCUGCCUUUGCAGAGGAACCAAUUGCAGCAACAGCAACAGCAGCAGCAGCAGCAACAACAGCAACAUCAGCACCAACAGUUGCUUCGUCAACAAAGUCUAAAUAUGCGAACUGGUAAAACACCUGCUUAUGAACCAGGGACCUGUGCAAAGAGAUUGACACAUUACAUGUAUCACCAGCAAAACAGGCCACAGGACAAUAACAUCGAGUACUGGAGAAACUUUGUCAAUGAAUACUUUGCCCCAAGUGCCAAGAAGAGGUGGAUGUUUGGCAUUGUGAGAUAUGCAAUAGGAAGCCAGGGCGAGGUUUUGAUUGCAUCGUGGGAGUUCUGUGCCCGGCGUCAUGAGGAACUUAUUCCUCGGAGAUCAAUCAUACCACAGGUCAGUCAACUUGGUGCUGUGGUGCAAAAGUAUCAGUCUUCCGUUCAAAGUUCGGCAUCACUCUCAAGUCAGGAUUUGCAAAACAAUUGUAACUCGUUUGUCGCAUGUGCUCGCCAGUUGGCUAAGGCACUGGAAGUGCCAUUGGUAAAUGAUUUAGGAUACACGAAAAGAUAUGUCCGCUGCCUCCAGAUUGCAGAGGUGGUCAAUUGUAUGAAAGAUUUGAUCGAUCACAGCAGGCAGACUGGGUCUGGUCCAAUAGAGAGCUUGCAUAAAUUCCCUAGGAGGGGGAAUUCAGGGGUUAGUUCUGUUCAAGCCCAGCAGCCAUAUGAGGAGCAGAAACCUGUUCCACAGAAUUCUAACCAGAGUGGUCAAAAUUCUGCUCCUGCAACUGGAAUUCAAGUCUCUGCCUCUGUCAAUGGUGAUGCUACGUCAAACAAUUCACUCAAUUGUGCACCAUCUACUUCCGCACCAUCUUCUUCAUCUGUUGUUGGUCUCCUCCAAGGCUCAGUAAGUGGCAGACAAGACCAUCCAACAAGCAGUGGCAAUGGUCUGUAUAAUGGUGGAAACAGUGCUUCAGUUGCUAAGGCCAACUCAACGAAUUCCAUGCUAUCAAAUGGACCAGCGUCGUUUCCUUCGCCAGCACCCUCAGCAUCAAAUGGCAAUAUGAUGCCUGCUCCUCAGCACUCAAGCCAAAUGAAUUCGCCAACCAUGUCAUCAAACCCACCUCCUAUGCAAACACCUACAAGUCGACCUCAGGAACCUGAGCCAAAUGAGUCUCAAAGCUCGGUCCAGAGGAUAUUGCAUGACUUGAUGAUGCAAUCCCAUAUUAAUGGUGUUGGACCAGUGGGAAGCGAUAUGAGGAGAGCAAACACAAUUACUCCUGGUCUGAAUGGUGUCAACUCCUUAGUUGGUAACCCUAUGACAAAUAACCCUGGAAUCAAUGGAAUGGGAUUUGGGGCUCUGGGUGGCCUUGGUCAACAAAUGAGAACAGCAAUGGGGAACAAUGCAUUGGCAAUGAAUGGAAGGACCGGGAUGAAUCAUAGUUCGCAUGACCUGACACAGUUGAGCCACCAGCAGCAACAGCGAGAUUUAGGAAACCAAUUGCUUGGGGGCCUUAGAGCUGCAAACAGCUUCAAUAACCUUCAAUACGACUGGAAGUCGGCUCAGUAG